UAAAUCUAUAAUUAAUACGAUUACUUGCUUCAUAAUACUACAAUACAUGUGUUAAUAUGUUAAAUUUAUCAUCUGUAUGAAUAAUUAUUUAAUUUAACAAUAAUUAUAGAUCCUUUGGUUAGUGGCGCCAUUUAGCGGCAACAAUGGAAGCUAUUUUCACUACAAACUUGGGAGUUUUGCCACCGAUGGCGCCACUGAAACUAAAAUCCAGUGUCGUACUUAGAAACUGCAAGGUCCCCUUUUACGAACAUUUUUGUAUAGUUUGGAAUUUUGUUUGAGUGGAAUCUGAAUUUUAUUCGAUAAGACUACAGUCGAAUACCCUAGUAUUAUCGCUCGUUUGGAAUACAGAGUGCGUUUUCUUUUUCUAAUAAUUUUCUACUUGAGCAUACCUCAUCAUCACUGAUAUACUAUAAACAUAAACGGAGUAUAAAUCACGUGUAAGGGUGUGCACGUGUAAAAGUUGCUAUGAUCGUAAAGUCUAAUUAAAAACAUUUUAUUCGUAUUCAGUAUUGUACAUCUACUUUAAUUUGAUGUGAUAUCAUUACACAUAUUCACACAAGUUUUAAAUAGUUUGUUAUUAGAGCACUGUAAAAUGGUGAAACGAAAAAUAAAUACUGAAACUGAACUGAAGGUCAAGAAGAAGAAGAAAUGUUUAAAUAAUGAUGUCAAUAAUGAUAUUAGUGACAUCAAAGAAGCUAUGGACAAUAAACCAAGAAUUAAGAAAAAGAAGAAGGAAAUUUAUGAAAAAUCUAUAAUUACUGUUGAUAAAGAGAAUGAUGAACUUGUUACUAACAAUGCAAUGGAAAAGAAAGAAGCAGCCAAUAAAAAUUUCAAACAAGCUAACACUUUGGAAAAACCUAAUUGGCUUGAAAUUAAGAAACAGAAAAAAGAACUGAAGGAAAAGUAUAAAGCAAAAAAAUUAAAUGACAUUUAUGAUAUAUCAGUCAGGGUAAAACAAAUAGGUGAAAAAUUACGCAGAGCAGAUUGUAAAAAGUUAGAACGUAAAAAAUUGAUUAAACAAGCACACGAGUUAUUAAGAAAUCAUUACAAUAAAAUAAUACUCACGCAUGAUAUGUCUCGUAUUGUUCAGUGGAUGUUUAAAUAUAGCGAUUCAGAAAUUCGAACAGUUAUUUUUAAUGAAUUAGAAUCGUCACUCUUAACUAUGAUUCCAUCAAAAUAUGCAAAAAAUUGUGUGAAGGCUAUGUUAAAAUAUGGGUCUCCAGAAAUUAGACAAAAAAUCAUUUCUAUUUGUUAUGGCCAUGUUGUGAGAUUCAUGAGUCAUUCUGUAUCUGCAGCAUUGUUAAAUAUUAUGUAUACUCAGUAUGCUACGGAUAUAGAGAAGAUAUACUUUAAACAAGAAUUUUAUGGUGACAUGUACAAACAGGCUAAGGAUAAAGAAGUUAAGACUUUGUCUGAUGUAUUUAAAGAUGCAGAGAAUAUGAAAUCAGCAACACUAUCUGCUGUAAAAGGCAAUCUAACAAGGAUACUGAAUAAAAAGCUUCUGAAUUCUAUGCUUGUGCAAUCUGUUCUUUCAGAGUUCUUGGAUGAUUGUUCCAGUGAAGAUAGAACAGAAAUGAUCGUGAUGUUAAGAGAUUCUAUAGUAGAAUUAUCUGAAACUAAGCUUGGUACUAAAGUUGCAGUAACAUGUAUAUGGCAUGGUACAAACAAAGAUAGAAAAAUUAUAAUGAAAUCUCUUAAAGAACAUGUAAAGACUAUUUCUAUGUCUGAACAUGGAUUCUUGAUAUUACUGGCUUUAUUUGAUACAGUAGAUGACACUGUUCUCCUGAAGAAAAUUAUUCUUUCAGAAAUUCUGAAAGAUCUGAUAGAUAUAGCAUCAAAUGUCCAUGGAAGACAUGUUGUUUUGUAUCUAGUAGCAAGAAGAAAUUUAUCUUACUUUAAUCCUAUUAUAAUUGAAUAUUUGCGCCAAGGCGACUGCAAUGAAACAAGUAAAAAGCCUGCUGAAGUUAGAGAGAAAGAACUUCGGGACUCAAUUUCUGAUUCGCUUCUUGAGGCUGUAGCACUAAAUACAGCAACUUGGAUGUCCAAUAGUUCCAUAGCAAUGGUGACUUUGGCAAUACUAAAAGUAGGCACAGGAGAAAAAUUAGAGCAAGCUUUCGAAUCCAUUGCUACAUUCGUCACAGAUUUGAAAGCAAGAAUUACAGAAAACGAUGCUGAAUGCAAGAUCGUCGAACAUGCAGGUCUACACAUGGUGUUAAAAAAAGUAAUACAAAACGAUAUACUGUUAUCGGCGAAAAGCGAAACUACUUUUGGAGAAAUAUUAAUUAAUCAUUUGAAGACAAAUGUCAUAGAACAAUGGAUAGAACAUAACAGAGGAUGCUUUUUAUUUAUAUUUUUAUUAGAAAAUGAAACAAAGUCAACUAAAGAUACUCUGCUUUCUAAAUUGAAACCAAUGAUAAAUAUUCUAAAAUCCAAAUCGAGUCCCGGUGCUUCAAUAUUGCUUAAAAAAAUUAAGUUAAAUGACACAUCGACUUAAAUAAGCCUCACAUAAUCAAAGUUGUAUGAAUUUGUAAACUGUAAAAUUAUGAAUAGAAAAUGCUUGUUUUAAAAGCAAUUACGAGAGAGUGUCAAAUGCAAUAUCUUGACUGAGUAUAAAUUCACUUGUUAUAUUUUUAUGUGUAUUAUAAAUACAAUUUAUUCAGUUUAAUAUCAACUCCAAGAUUACUUUGUUCUAUUUUUUAAUUUUUGUAGCACAGGUAAAUAAGUAUUUAUGUAAAAAUUAUACAUAAUAUGUAAUUACGCUCAUUA